AUGGCUGGCACAAACGCACUGAGCCCCGACGGCGUCCUUGACCUCGUGGUGAAAGCUCUCGGCGAGGGGCAGCCGAGCCUCAAGACUCCUUAUGAAGCUGUGGCGCUGGUCGGCCAUGCCAGCAUGGCGGCAGUGGGCUUCAGGCUGGUGGGGCUUGGGGAAGACCACAACCUUGGAUGGAACACUAACGAUGCCUUUGCCUUCCGCUACGCACACGAACAAUCCUCCAUGCAGUACCUGUUGAAAGUGAGCCGACUCGGAAACAAUGCGGUGGUUAACGCGCUGGCGCUAGGCGACGAUCGCACCAGCUCGUUCGAUCUGCCUGUAAAAGAUUACAUCUCUGGAUCUGCGCUCCCACUCUCAACAACCGAGAAUAUCACCAGUGCCGUGCAUAACGUGUUCAUCUCGUCCGCCCGCUUGGUAGACCUGAUUGGACUUUUCAAAAUCAAUGUGAUCCAAAAAUUGGCACCGGGACUAUAUAAGGAAGGAUACGAGGAUACUAACCGGGCACGGGGUGCCCGGCCCGAGGAAGCUCCACGACAUGAUCCCCUUCGCGAUGACUCUCUGCCCCAACCCGCACGUCCGUAUCCAUUUGACGAUCCGCUCGCAGCAGGACCACGCAUGCCAAACCCGCCGGACUUUGCCCCGCCCGGAUUCGAGGAUGAAUUCGAGAUCCGCCGCCCUCCACGUGGAUACCCCCAAGGGCUGGGAGGAGGUCGAAGCCCCUAUAACAUAGGAGACAGAGAUCUAUACCCACCCGGAAUGGCUCCUCAUGAUCCGCUUCGUGGACCGAUGGGCCCUGGCUUUGGAUCUGGUGGUGGUAUGCAUCCCACCUUUGAUGAUCCGCUCUUCGGCGGCCCUGGCGGCGGUAGUGGUGUGUAUGACCCUCGUGCACCACCUGGCGCACGAUAUGACCCCGUCGGACCCGGAGAUCCUCCCCUGGGUCGCUACCAGGGACCGCGCGGACCGUUUGGUCGCGGUGGACCUGGAGGAGACUUUGGAGGGGGAUAUGGUGGAUUCGGAGGAGGCUUCGGCGGAGGCGACAUUAUCUAA